AUGGAGGGUCCUCCCAGAGGCUGCUCUCUGGAAAACCUUGGAAAAGCAAUGAAUAUCACUGCAGAUGCAGGAGGAACAGAAACGACGGCAGAUGGAGAGCAUAGAAUACAGAGGGAGGAGGAGAGAGCAGGAGACACAGGCUGCAUUCUGGAAAACACUGACACGACAUCACAUAUCACAACACAUACAGGAGGGUCAGCACUGCUACCCUGCUACUGUACUGACCGACACGCCGCACUUCAGAGAUUCACCUGGACGAAACUCAACAAAAACACAAACACAUGGGAAGAGAUAUCCAGCGAGAGUGGUCAGUACAGAAACAGAGUUCAGCUGGUUAAUGGUCACUCUCCAGGGAAUCUCUCUCUACUCAUAUCACACCUGACUGAAGAAGAUGGAGGAGUUUACCAUUGUAAUGCAGACAAGAGUGGAUACUUAUAUAUCAGGCUCUAUGUUAAAGUCUGCUCUCUGGAAAAUAGUGGAAUACCACUGAGUAUCUCAGCUCAUACAGGAGGGUCAGUACUACUGCCCUGCUACUGCACUGACCAACACACCAAACCUGAGAGAUUCACCUGGGAAAAACUCAACAUAACCAGUGCCUCCUGGGAAGAGAUAUCCAGUGAGAGUGGUCAGUACAGAAACAGAGUUCAGCUGGUUAAUGGUCACUCUCCAGGAAAUCUCUCUCUACUCAUAUCACACCUGACUGAAGAGGAUGGGGGAUGGUAUAAGUGUGAUCUUGGAGGAAGUGAACACAUAGUCCUCAAACUCACUGUUAUAGGUAAAAUUCUCUUGACGUAUUACUUAAAAUUCCUGCCCUUCGUCCCCUUUGCCUUGGUGACUGUGAUCUUCCUCCACAUUAUAGUAGCUGUGGUUUAUCACACCAAGAGAAACAAAGAUCCUGCCAGAGUUCUCUACAGCACUGCUGAUGGAGAUGGAGUGGUCAGUCUGGACCUGCGUCUGGGCCCCGAUGAAAGCUGCGAGAGUCAGCGGGAAGGGAAGCUGCACCCACCAAGGGCCGCAAGUGACAGGGAGAGGAAGACGAUAGCCACGAGAGACAAGAAGGCGCCCAUGCUGCUGACACCAUAUCACCAUCAGCUGGCUCUCAUUAAGGCAGCGUGA